AUGACGACUGGAGCUGUGUUGUACGCUGGACUUGAGCAGCCUGGCGAAAAAAGGAACUGCUUUUUCUGCAGUGCCGCAGAUCACAGCACCGAGGACUGCAAAGCAGACUUUACCCUAGCGGAAAGGUUCAAGAAACUGGCCAAAGGUAUGAGGUGCUAUCGUUGUACCAAGAAGGGUCAUCGGUCAAAGGACUGCCGAGUAAAAGUGGAAUGCAGUAAGUGUCGAAGACGACAUGCGUCAUCGGUUUGUGACCCGUCUAGACAACCGGUAGAAAAUGCUCUGGUCAGUGAAGUGGUUACCACGACGAGCGUCUCUACAACAAACAAUCCACAACAGUGCGAGAGAGCAAGAGUAAUGCUGCAAACGUUCCGUGCCUGGGCAUCGUCGGACAGCGAAUGCGCUUACCUGAGAGGCAUAUUCGACGGAGGAAGCCAGCGCACAUUUAUACGUAAUGACAUAGCCCGCAGGCUUAAGCUGCCACUAAUUGGGCAAACAACGCUUCAGCUCAACACUUUCGCAGGCGAUGCCAGUCGGGACAAUAUUCUAAAGUGCAAAGUUGUCGAAGUUCGGCUAAGAAGUCAGUUCGCACCAAAGGAGUAUGUGGUUCGCGCAACCACCAUUGACUUCAUUUGUAAGGACCUCGAAGAAACUCCUGCCAGUAACGAAUUCGUGUCUUCUGUGCGUGUCCACGGCAACUUCAUCGCCGAUGACCUCUUAUUCCCUAAUGUACGGAGUGAAGGCGAAAUAGGACUACUCAUCGGAUGCGACGAGCUCUGGAAGUUGGUCUCAGGAGAAGUCAAGAGAUGCAAGAGUGACGGAAGACUGGUUGCAGUAGAAUCCGUUUUCGGAUGGACCUUUCAGGGGCCAACCACGGUGACCAGCUACAGUACUACAGACAGUUCAACGACAGCUGUGUGCAUACUGAAGGUUGGUGUGGGCACUUCUGAUGACGACAUUCUGAAACGUUUCUGGGAACUGGAUAAUCUAGGAAUAUCCCAGGAGCCUGACAGUAAACAGGAACACAACGCAGAGGUUCUGGAGGACUUCAUACAGAAGUUGGAAAGGAGGAACGGCCGUUAUGAGGUUGCGCUGCCAUGGAAGAUGGGCCUGAGUGCGCUAGAAGAUACCCAGGCAGAAAUCUGGAAUGGGACCAUUUCAAAAUGGUUUAACGAACUGGUCCCACUCUGGUUAUUGUCCCACUCUGGUCCCACCCUAGUAAUGGUCCUACUCUGGUCCCACUUGCCAAGUGGUCCCAUGGGGGACCAGUUCGUUAAACCACUUCAGAAUGGGACCACUCUGGAGUGGGACCACUUCAAAGUGGUUUAUUGGACAGGUCCCACUUUGAGUGUCCCACGUAGUGAGUGGGACCAGUUGAAAGUGGAACCAGCUUCACGAUGGGCCCACUUGAACUGGAACCAGUGGAAUUGA